AUGAAAUCACAAAUAAUAUUCAGGAAGUUUAGCGGUCAUACAGGCCUCCCGUUCCCUCUUUGCUUAUUAAAGUUAUGUCAUAAGAUUCAAUCGGAUUACGAGAAAUGUCUAAUUAAUUACAAGAGCACCAAAACUAAAUACGAAGACAUUUGGCUUCAUUUGCCUAAAAAGACUGAAAACAAUGCAAACAUUAACUCGAAAAUAGAGAAACAAUUUAUCGAAAUCAAGAGAAAAUACGAGAAAUUGUGUCAAAAACUGCAUGUUUUGCACAACGAUUACUGUUUGGUCACAACCGAAGCCAAACAAUACGAAAACGACUUCAGAGUGUUGUUAAUACCGACUCUUAUCUCAUACCACGAAUCCAUUCUUAUGGACUCAGGCGAUAAGUGGAAUAAUGUUUUAAUGAAAUUUGUGGACAAAACAGAUAUAACACAAGAAAGGUAUAGACGACUCCAAAAUAAGCUUAAAGUCAGUGUCGAAAACAUUAUCAGAUCUAAUAUCUACGGGAAUCUGAAGGGAAAGUUAGCUAAACCUGUGGUUCAAAAAAUAAACAUCUCGUUCAACGAUAAACUACUCGACGAUUUCGUAGGCGCUCUCAAACCCAACCAAUUAAUUAUCGAUACAGAAUUAGAAUUACAGCAAAUGUUGAGUAAAUCUCAGAUUGAGAUCCGAGACAAACAUCAACUCCAGAAGCAAUACGAUCUCGAAAUGAGAGCUCUUUUGCCUUUAAGUGAAGACAACGCGAACGCAAAGAUGGGAAUCAGAACCAGAAAGAGAGCCAUAGAUAUCAUCAAAAAGGAUUUGGUUUACAUUGAGAGCGAACACGAGAGGACACACCAUAUAUGGGAACGGGUGGACAUGUGCCUCCUUAAGAUGGCCGGCCUUCAGUAUAAGACCGGAACGAAAUUAUUCCGCAUUUUAUGA